UCCAACUGCUCUUUUACCAAAAAACCAUGUCGCACCUUCUUCGCCUGGGACUUUGGGGAGUUUGCUUCCUUGCGGUAUCAGUCCCAGGGGAUGCGGCCCUGAACACCACGGGCAAAAUUUGUCAGUGGGGCUGUUGGGAUGAAGAGGAUGAGGCCUGCCAUGCUGGGCUGAAUGACAUGCAAUGUGCGGAGAUCUACGGCCACGUGGAAUGGAUCCAGGCCUGUGACUGCGUGGACGAGGCCACGGGCCUGCGGGACAACGUCACGGUGGCCUCGCCACGGGUGGGCUCGGCCAACCUCUACUUCUCGGUGCCGGCCUUCGUGGUGCUCUUCCGGGCUUCUGCCUUCGCCGGCAGCGACGGCCGCAUCCUCCGCGCCGCGGCGAACCUGGGCUCGGUGCAGACGGUGGACGCGCGCAAGGCGCGGCAGGGCGGCUUCAGCGAAGUGGCGUGGCAGCGGAGCCAUGAUGCGGCCUAUGUGCCGCAAG